UCAUUUAUUUAUUUCAAUUUGAACGUGCUCGCGAGUAUUGGCCAUGUCAUGCAACCGCUGCAUCUCCGGAACUCAUUCAAGUCCUCGGAAAACUCGAAGAAGCCACAAGCCUCGGUGUUGUGCCACAGAAUUAAUAAGAUAUUCCCAGUCACAGCACGCAUCCACUACGUUGACCAGGUGGAUCAGGAGGAGGAGGUGGAUCCCCAACACCAGCACCAGCUCCAGCAGCCUGGCAGUAGCUUCACCGUCAGCGGAUCCACACCGCCUCUACGGAUUUCGCCACAUGGCUCCCCAAAGUUACAGCAGUCCCAACGCCUGGGCAAACAUCUCAGCAAAUCCGCCUCGGAGCUGAAUGGUCACGAUUGCCAUCUCAGUGAGUCACCGCACAUAUCACCCAAGAGGGCCAAGAGUGCCAUAGCGCAGCAGUUGGCCGGAGGCGGAUCGGGGGGCGUGGCCAGCGGUGUGGGUGUGCUCCAGAAAACUCACGGAUUUUUCAAUAAUCUCCGACAUCGUUGGAGUCGUGCCAAGAGCAAAGAUCGCCUAGGUCGCAAGUCACCUAGCGAUUUCCUCGAAGAAAGUACGGAUUAUGCUGCGGAUUACAGUUCCGAAAGUAGUUCCGUGACGCAGAGUCCACGACAUCGCAGUACCACCAUUGGUGGUUCUCCACUGGCAAGGGAAUUCCGAGCUACUGCAAAGAUGGCACAGGUUAUCCAGCGAUUUGGUGGCUCCAUGGAGGGCAGAAUAGAUGAGCAUCCGGAGAAUGGUUCAGCCGGCUGCAAUCCGCCACCGGAACUGACAACUCAACAGCAAUUGGAGGCCCUGCAGGCCGACGAGCUGCGUCGCAAACGCGAAGCCCAAUUACGUCAAUUCGUCUUCUUUCAGCUGCGCGUCCAUCUCAAAUCCGGCAGCGACCUGGUGGCCAUGGACAAGAAUGGACUGAGUGAUCCUUAUGUCAAGUUCAAGGUCGGCGGCCGCCUCCUUCACAAAUCGCGCACCAUUCACCGGGACCUGAAUCCCGUGUGGGACGAGGUCUUCAUCGUGCCCAUUGAGGACCCCUUCCAGCCGAUUAUAGUCAAGGUUUUCGACUACGAUUGGGGACUCCAGGACGACUUUAUGGGCUCGGCCAAGCUGGACUUAACCCAAUUGGAAUUGGGCAAGGCCGAGGACAUCCACCUGCAGCUGUGCGACUCCGGCGGAAAUGGUGGAAGCGGCAUGGGCGAGAUACUCAUCAAUUUGACGCUGUGGCCGCGCAGCCAGGAGGACAAGGAAAUGCACUUCCAGCGCAACUCCAAACUGGCCGAGUCAUCGAAGCGAUUGAAGUCGCAGAUCUGGAGCUCAGUAGUUACCAUUUUGCUAGUUAAAGCCAAGGAUUUACCAUUAGCUGAAGAUGGCAGCAAGCUGAAUGACACCCACUUUAAAUUCAGAUUAGGCAAUGAGAAGUACAAGAGCAAGUCUUCGUGGACGGAACGCUGGUUGGAGCAGUUCGAUCUUCACCUCUUCGAUGAAGAUCAGAACCUGGAACUGGCUCUUUGGAAUAGAAACACCCUUUAUGGCAAGGCCAUUAUUGACCUGAGCGUUUUCCAACGCGAGAACACGCAUGGCAUCUGGAAACCUUUCGAAGAUUGUCCUGGUGAGGUCCACCUAAUGCUCACCAUUAGUGGAACAACAGCUCUGGAGACGAUUAGCGAUUUGAAAGCCUUCAAGGAGGAUCCUCGAGAGUCUCAAUUGCUAAGGGAUCGAUAUCGAUUCCUAAGAUGCCUUCAAAAUCUUCGCGAUGUGGGUCACCUCACUGUGAAGGUUUUUGGAGCAACCGGACUGGCUGCAGCGGAUAUUGGAGGAAAGUCCGAUCCCUUUUGUGUUCUGGAACUGGGAAAUGCCCGACUGCAAACUCAAACGGAGUAUAAAACCCUCACUCCCAAUUGGAAUAAGAUAUUUACUUUCAACGUCAAGGACAUCACACAGGUUCUGGAAAUCACCGUCUUUGAUGAGGACCGCGAUCAUCGUGUCGAGUUCCUAGGCAAACUAGUCAUUCCUCUUCUGAGGAUCAAGAGUGGAGUCAAGAGAUGGUAUACACUAAAGGACAAGAACCUAUGUGUCCGGGCCAAGGGAAACUCGCCGCAAAUCCAGCUGGAAUUGACUGUAGUUUGGAGUGAGAUCCGUGCUGUUUGUCGAGCUUUGCAGCCCAAGGAGGAGAAGCUCAUCCAGCAGGAAGCCAAAUUCAAGCGACAGCUCUUCCUGCGCAAUGUCAAUAGACUCAAGGAGAUUAUAAUGGAUAUCCUAGAGGCAGCGCGUUAUGUCCAGAGCUGCUUUGAGUGGGAGUCUCCUGUGCGAUCCAGCAUAGCUUUCGUCUUGUGGAUUGUGGCCUGCGUUUAUGGCGAUCUUGAGACAGUGCCCCUCGUUCUGCUACUUAUUAUACUAAAAAAAUGGCUCGUUCGCCUUAUCACAGGUACCACAGACGCAGCUGCUCACUAUGACUACGAGUACGAUGAAGAUGACGACGAUGACAAGGAAAAGGAGGAAAAGAAAUCCAUAAAGGAAAGAUUACAGGCCAUCCAAGAAGUCUCCCAAACCGUGCAGAAUACCAUAGGUUAUUUGGCUUCUUUAGGCGAAAGCACUAUCAACACAUUCAACUUUUCCGUCCCCGAAUUGACCUGGCUGGCUGUGGUUCUCCUGUUGGGGGCCAUAUUGGUCCUACAUUUUGUCCCACUCCGCUGGCUGCUCCUCUUCUGGGGCCUGAUGAAGUUCUCCAGACGCUUACUGAGACCCAAUACCAUUCCCAACAACGAGCUGCUGGACUUUCUUUCACGAGUGCCAGAUAACGAGGAGAUUAAUCAAUAUAGAGAGCUGCCUCCAUCGGCACCCGCCGAUCAGACCCGGAGCAAUCCGAAGAAGAAGCUGAAGGGUUCAUAGUCCAUAACCAGCGCUGAUGCGGCAAUGGCGUCCCUUUCGCCGCUGCAGUCCAGCGCACUGGGAGGAGGAGGAGGAGCAGGAGGAUCCGGUUCAGGAUCCGGCGGAAAGCAGCAGCAGCUUAUGCAGCGCUUCCGGGCCAACACCAACCAGCUGAAGCAGAAGUUUGGCCAGGCCAAGAGCCUCAGUCUGAGCCAUAGCGAAUUCAAUUAGACACCAAAGUUAGUUAGCUAGUUAAGAAUCGAGGAAGUAUGAGAGCGACACACCAAGUCAACUAGUUCCACCCAUAGACGGCAACAUCAAUUAAACUUGACUCAAUUAUGCAGCACAAAGUUUGCUUUACUUAUUUUCCUAGAACUAUAUAAAUAUAUAUAUAUAUACACAGAAAGAAAAAGAUGAUGAAUGUAAAUGUGCGCUAAAUUUCAACUAUUUACACGACGAAACCGUUUCUGUAUAUACACGAAGAUAGCAGAUAUUAUUAGGAGUCUAUUGAAACAUUGCAUGUACCUAAGGUAACCUCUCUCAAAGAUCUAUUCGAAUAUUUACCAAAACUCAAAUUGCUAACUACCAGAUUCCUUUUUGCGCGAAUCCAAAUGCGAUUAAUUAUUUAUUGUGUAUUUCAAUUUGUGAUAUUUUCAAAGAAUUUUGCAACUAGGCUUACUACUUAUGUGACUUAACCCACGGAAGCUCCGUACUGCACCGAAGUUUCCCCCGAACUCCAUUUACAAUUUACCAUUCGAUUGCACUCGACUCGUUUAAGGAAGCUUCUUCAUUAUAUACCUUUACAUAUAUACAUACAUACCUACCUAUAUAAGCCUAAACCUAACCAAAUUUAUUGUAAUUGUAAUUAUUUGAUUCGAAAAAAUUGUUCAAAACAUUUUCUAAAAUUUAUAUUUAUUAACUAUGUCUAGGAUAAUCAGCUCGUAAAGGCCCGCGGCCCAGCCAUCAAAAUACAAACAAAUAUAUUAAUUAAUUGCUACUGUAACCCACUCCGAUUGAUCGAGUUGAUACAUUUUAGAUAGUUAAACUAUUUUAUACCCCACAAAAGAAGCAACAACAAAGUUUUUAUAUACAUACCAAACUCAAUUAAUUAGCACCUAAGCUAAGUUUGUUAUUUUUCAAUAUAUAUGAUGGCAAAAAUAA